GGGAAAGAAUCCAUUCUGUAUUUUCAUGUCAUUUGUUAAUACCAGUCCUUUCUACUGUUCUAUUAAAUUCAGCACUCCACUUGCGUGCUGCUCCACACGUGGACUAAAGAGUGAUGCCGUUCUCAGGACUUGAUACGGGGACCGAGGAGGCAUCAGGAACAACCACCCAAGAAAGACAGAGAGAAGAGAACACGAGCGAGAGAAUCCCAGCAAUACGGCAGCCAGAGAACGUAGCCAAAGACGCCUAUGUCUCUCCCUGCCAGAAAUAUCGCUGGUGGCUCACCCGAAUAUGGGACCCAGCCCUUGCCACCCUCGCCUUCGUCAUGCUGAACCCAAGCACUGCCGACGCGCAGGCUGACGACCCGACCACUAGGCGGUGUAUAGCCUUCGCACGCCGGGACGGGUUCGGGGGCAUCUGUAUCUUUAACCUGUGGGGCCUGCGGGCGACGUCUCCGGUGGACCUGAAGAAGCGUCUGGCGGCAACAACGAUGGACGGCAAAGAUGACAGCCUCACUGAGUUCCUCUUGGCUGACUAUUGGCUCCGGUACGCUGCUGGCCGGUUCACACACGUUGUGUGUGCCUGGGGUAACGUGCCGGGGACUCUGCGGCAUCAAGGAGUGCAGAGAGCAGCGUGUCUUUGUCGAGGGCUUACUGGUGGUGCUGGAGACCUUUUGUGUCUUGGUUGUACGGGCAGCGGACAGCCCCGUCAUCCUUUGUAUGUGAGGAACGAGCAGCCUCUGCUUCCAUACUGCGUUCCCUAAGGUAAUUUAGGUAGGAAAACAAUGUGUGUGUGAAUCGGUCUUUGGCAUUUAUCGAUCAAUGGAACACGGGGGAAAAACUGUAAUUUCGGAAUCUGACAAUCUCUUCUAUAACAUAACCGUCCAAUAAUAUCUACAAUUACAUAC